AUGUCUACUCCUCUUGCUUCCAAACCCAUUGCUAUUGCUCCCAGACCCGUUGCUAUUGCUCCCAGACCGGUUGCCAUUGCUCCCAAACCCUCUGCUAUUAUUGCUCCCAAACCCACCGCAGAGAAACCCACUGCUCUUGCUCCCAAAAAACCUACAGCAGCUCCUACAGCUGAGAAGAAACGAGUGGAAUCUGAGAAGAAACGAGUGGAAGAAGAGCAGCCGUUGAAGUUUUGGGCCAUCAAAAAGAGCGCAUUGCUGAAAUCACCGGCUAUUUUUACCUGUGUGGAGGACUGCAAGAGCUAUGCUGUCGCCAAAGCCAAAAAGAAGAAUGGCGACAAUGGUGAUGACGCACCUGUAGUGGAGUACCGAGAAUUCCAAAAUAUUUGGGAUGCCGUGCAGUAUAUUAUGCCUUGGAAGAAACCACUGCCGGUUCCUGCCGUCGACAAUCCCAGAACUUGGGUCUAUAAUAUGCCUCAUCAGUAUCCUACUAGACCACCUCCGCCUCCACCCCCACCACAACGAGCAGCAGCACCACCUCCUCCUCCAAUGCCAAUAGCACCCAGGACACCUAAAACAGCAACAACCACCACCAAAAUACCCAAUGCUUCUCAGAAGCCACCUCCACUAGCACCAGCUCCUCCUGUUCCAAUAGCACCCAGAACACCUAAAAUAGCCACAACAACAGAAACCACAACCACCAAAAUCCCGAAUGAUUCUCGGAAGCAACCUCCGCCAACACAACCAGCAGCAACUCAAGGAGGAAAUGCAGCACCAGCAGCAGCGACUGCCAAACCUACUCCAAAGAAGACAAAUGCUCCCUCCAAAGAUCCACCAGGAUCCAAGAACGACUCACCUGCCAAAAAUAACAACAACAACAAUCCACCAAGGACAGCAGCAUGGCACCAUUCCAAGCCAACUGCCAACAAUGCACCACCGAACACAAAUGCUCCUGCUCGUGCCGUCCCACCUGCCACCACGAACAACAACAACAACAACAAUCCACCAAGGAAUGGAGCCAGCAACAAUUAUUCCCAGCCAAUGGGUCUCGGAAAAGAAGCCGCAGAUAUUGUAGCCAACCUCAAAAGAAACAAUCUGCUGCCCGCUGGAAAUAAUAUCGCCAUGGCCUAUCCCACUAUGGGCGGCUAUAUGCCACCUGGGUACCCUUAUCACAUGAUGCCCAUGAUGGCGGCUCCUCCUCCUCCCAUGAUGGCGGCUGCUCCUCCUCGUGCCACGAUGGUGCCUGCUGCUACUCCCAUGGCGGCUGCUCAGCUUGCCGUGGUACCACCACUUGGCAAUACAACCAAUCAACCAACUCCCAAGGAGAAACCCAAAAAGGCCAAACCAAAGCCAGCGGAUCCCAACAAGGUAUCCUGGGAAGACCGAUACAAACGAUUGGUGGAGUACAAGGAAAAGCACGGUUCCACUAAUAUUCAAAAGUGCUACACGGACAACAAUGAUACUGGCUUUAUACGAUGGGUCCAGUACGAACGAGGUCGACUUCGAAAGGUCGAACAACUGCGUGCCGACAACAAACCAGUCUCUGAAAAGGAUGCGGAGUAUGUCAAAAAGCUAGAAGAACUCGGUUUCGUAUCGACCAUUGAUAGAUCUUCCAUUGGGACUGGCAAUACCAAUGGCAAUAGCAAGCAAUGGGGUGCCAAGCGCAAUGAGACAUGGGAGUCCAAUUUCAAAAUGCUGCAGGAGUACAAGGAACAACAUGAUGGCUCUGUCAAGGUAAAAAAACCUGCACACAAUAAUGGAAAAAAUGACAAUUUCUACCGCUGGGUUGGUUAUCAGGCAGUCGCCAUUCGAGACUAUCAAAAGGAUCCCGAGAAGAGUUGUUACAGUCAAGAGCGAAUUGAUCGACUCGUGUCACUGGGGGUGAAACCAGCGGCGGAACCUCUUAACCAACCUACAGUCCGAGAUGUAGAUUGGGACGAAAUGUACACUCAGCUUGUGGCAUUCAAGGAAACUCACGGGACUGUGGAGGUUCCACACAGGAGAAAAGCAGGGGUGAAUACCAUGCCGCAUUGGAGCAACAUGCUGCGAAAGUGGACGGUCAAAAUGCGGGAUGAAUUUGAGUUGCUCCAAAAGGGGAAGAAGUCUCUUUUGACACCAGAACGCAUGGAGAAGUUGACCAAGCUGGGAUUUCGCUUCGAGACAAACCGUCGCAUGAACUUUGAUCAUAGGGCAGCUGAGUGGUUGGCAUACAAACUGAAACAUGGCAAGGAUCCACCCCAGCAAGAAGGUAGCUGCUUGGCCUUGUGGGUUGCAAAGACGCGCCGAAAAUACUGGCAGCUGCAGGAGGAUGGGAUUGAGUCCUCUUUGACCGAAGAACAAAUCAACAGACUCAAGUCGUGGGGAUUCAACUUUGAGCGCAAACUCAAAUUCUCAGUAUUGCCCAAGCGCAAGAAGAGCUGGGAAGACCGAUUCCAAGACCUGUUGGAGUUCAAGGAAAAGGAAGGGCAUUGCAAUGUUCCUCAAUCCGACAAGGAGCUAGGCACUUGGGUUCAUGCUCAACGUCGAGAGUACCGCAAACUCAAGAAGGGAAUGAAGGGCAUCCUGACCAAGGAGAAGAUUGAGAAGCUGGUCAAGGUUGGGUUCCAGUGGAUCACUCGGAAGAGCCCUACUCGUCCUCAGAACGCUGAGAAGGACAAGGAAGUUCACGACUUUAGAGAAUACGAAAAGCAUAUGGACACGCCCUUCAACCAAGAGAACACAGCUGUUGCAAACAACAACAACAAGAGCAACAGCAAGAAACGCUCUCGCGUAGAAAUGGACAGCGAUGACGACUCUGGUUCGGAAGAGGAAGAUGAUGGACCCCUCAACUAUGGCAGGGAAGCCGGCGGCAACCAAUAUGAGCAAGCCAAACAUGCUAAAACUCCGUGGGAUCGUUACAGGCUACUGUGAGCUUGCAGGAAACGAUGUUUGGCUUGUGCUCAAUGGUCUUUGUUGCGCCAAUGCGCUGCACAGUUGUGUCUCUUCCUCAACCUAGUCCAACCAACAACCAACAACCAACUUCAUUGUGAAAUGUCUGCUACGGCAUAGACACAACUGUCUAGUACUUGUGCCAGUCUCGCUUCUUCUCGGGAGCCAAUCACUCUAUUUGGCCCGGUUGGUACAAAUGAAUACGGGCCCGUGUCGUCGGUCUCUUUCUGCCUGCCUCAUGUUUGCUUUUGCCUUUUCGGCCUACGAUUGCACUGAAUCUAUUUCGAUGCAUCAGGGUUUUAGAUUGUGCAGAUUUUCUUAGAGUAGAUUAGCUUAUUAAACUGUCGUAUCAUUCACCAAAU